UGGUUGUUAUUAAUGUAUGAUAUGAUUUGCAUAAGUACGUGUUUUUUAUUCAGUUUAGUUAAGCUCUUUGAAACUUUUGUGACUCAUCUGUGUCUAGACCUGAAUUAAUGAGUUUUUUGCUUCUUACUCUAAAAUAUUAACACAAAGUGAUAUAGUCGUAUGUUGAAAUUGUUAGGUAUUUUGCAAAACAUGUAAUGUAUGCAGAUCAUAUAAACAUCCAUAAAGUAAUUAAUAAUAUUCCCCAAAAGAAGUUAUUAAAUUUGAUAAACAAUAGUUAUCUAAAUACUAUAUGCAUUAAGAAUGACUUCCAAACAAAGAAAAAUUAUUGGAGGUUGGAGCCAAGUUCUUACACGAAAACCGUUAGAAGAAUUCAGUGUGAAUAUAUACGGAAUGGUUACUAAUUUGGACACACUUACAACAGGAGCUGGUUGGAGUCCAAAAAAAACCACCGCUCCAAGAUUUGAAGGCUUCGACUCUGUUAAAAUUCUUUGGACAUACGGCGGGGAAGGCUGUUCACCUUGCUCAAGACCAGCUACUUCCGAUGAAGUCAAUAGGAUAGUUCAAGUAACUCAGAAUAGCAAAUGGGAUGGAGUAGACUUUGACGACGAAUGCAAUAUGAACACUGAUAAUAUUAUUGAAGUCAUGAAAAGCCUUAAGAAUGAAGGGAAAGAAACAAGUUACGGUUUUAUUGCUGGCUGGGAUUACAAUAAUCCAAACAAUGGCUCAAAUGGGAAAAAACUAAACGAGAACGUUAAAAAAUUAGCUUGUUCCGGUGUUUGCGAUAAACUCGUCCAUUAUUGCUAUGGCGCCGCCAUGUGGUCGGAUGAAGACAUCAAAAACAAUGUUAGGCAAGCUCUUGAAAGAAGCAUCAAUAAUGGGAUGCCAAAAGAAAACAUUAUUCUAGCUUUGACGUCAGCAGGAUUGAACGAUACGAAUCUAAACUAUUUUCUGGACGCGAUCGUUGACAUUGAUGUUGGCGGUCUUUUUAUUUGGGCUUAUCAUAAUCUCAGCAAGCAGCAGAGGAAAGCAAUACUUCAGAAAUUACCUCAGUGAUAGUAACAGUAACAAAAAUUGAAGGAUGUGCUUCAAAAACUAUUUCUAAUAUGUUAUUUCAAUAUAAUUCGUUUAUAAGUCGAUAGGUUUAGUUAAAGCAAUAUUUUUAAGAUGUAACAGCAUCUCUAUGUUAUUUAUAAAAUAUGUUGUACUCAACUUCCAAACAUUGAAAAUAAAUUAAUGGUUUUUGUAAUGAA